CAAUUGGACGCUUUCACGUGGGAAAUGCAAAGGAGUUACUUUUAAUUUGUUAUCCCUUUGAGUAAGACAAAUGAACAGCUGAAAUGUCUGGUAAAAGACCAGCGAAAGGGAAAGUACAUAUUGCCCCUCCUGGUGACUUUAUAGCACUUGGUAAGCAGAGCAAGUCACCAGCAGACAGUGACCUCCCGAGAUUACAGUCCAGCAGUAAAAAGCCAGAAAAGAAAAGAGAGGGAGCUCCAGCAAUUUCAGGUGCACCUCCAGUGAAGAAGCCAAAAAUCUUAUCCCAGGGACAGACAUUUACUCCCCUUGGUAGAACUGAUACAGAUAGGAAGAGUUCACCAGCUCCUAGUACUGUAAGUCAGUAUGAAGAGCUGGCUAUUGAAGUUGAAGGUGUUGAGCUGUUGGAGGAGAUACUGGAUGCUGAGGAUGUGUGUAAUGAUGAACGAUUGGAAGGAUUACUUUGUGGAGCUGUCAAACAACUUAAACAAUUUAGAUCUAAACCAGAAACAGCAAUGUACCUGACUCUGAUGCACCUAGCAAAAGAAAAAUCUAGUUUGUUUAACAGUGAAAUUGUUAUAGAGGCUAUAUGCAGUACACUAAAGAGAGACGUAUCCUUGAACUUCAAAUCUAAAGGAAACCCCCUUGUAUCUGUUUGUAUGUGUAGUAUACUACUGGCUGCCUUCAUCGAGGAAGAAAACUGGCCUGAUGAAUUUGUAAAGGUUUUCAUAGAUGAUUCAUUAGGAGACAGAGUGUGGGUAGAUCGUUCUGAUUGUAAAGGAUUUGUAGACAAUGUGAUCACUGCCUUCAAUACUAAUUUACCACCUAAAUCGCUCCUGCAGUCAGAACCAUCUCAAGGUGGAUCAGCAAGUCCAGUAGUUGUUGAAGAUGAGGAUGGGAAUAUUAAAACAGAGUCAGCGGAUAAUUUAUUUGGUGAUCUGGAUAUUAAUGUAUUUCCUAGAUACCCAUUCCAGCAAGAUAGUAUAGAGACAUUUGUUAUUGAUCUAAUCAAGGAACACAUAAAUAGAAGACAAGGAACGGAUUCCACGGCUCGUAACUUAAUAAGGUUGAUGACAUCUACAUGUGGGUAUGGUGAAGUCAGAUUGCUAUCUGCUCAGAAGUUAGAAAUGUGGCUGCAAAAUCCAAAGUUAACAAGAUCAGCUCAGGAUCUUCUGAUGUCAGUAUGCCUGAACUGUGGACAGAAUGAUCCAAACGAUACAGAGGUUUUAUCAUUGUUGAUUAAGAUGAGGAUGAAGACAAAGCCUUUACUCAAUCAUUUCCUGGCUUGUCUCAAGGAAGUAUUGUCACAGCAUCCAGAAAACCUUAGAAUGAUUAUGACACACACUAUUUAUAACGAGCUGUCAAACUCCAGAAAUCCUAACAACAUGGCAUUGAUUACUGUUCUCUUCCAAAACUCACAGGAUCAGGCAGCAAGGAUUUUAGCAGAAAUUUUCCAAGACUUACUAGCCAACAAGGAUGACUAUCUACGAGCUGUGAGGGCAUUGUUACGAGAGAUUGCAAGAAACCUACGACAUGAUGUCCAUUUCUCAGCCUUUUGUUUGGGACUCAUGCAAGAGAGAAAUGAACCAAAGUUUUCAGAUAUGGAACCUGCAUUUAAGGAGAGAUAUGCAUCCUCUGUAGCAGAUAUAGUAGCACUGACUGUGUUCCUGGGCAUUACUCCAACCAUCAGGGAAACAGCUGUGCCAUCUGUCAAGUCAGAAAAGAAAGAUUUAGAAGCCUUGCACACUUUCCGAGACCAGAUUUCAGUUAUACAGAGAGAUGCUGUUUGGUGGUUACAUACAGUCUUACCAAAGUUCAUGGAAAUCAAACCAGCAGAAUAUGUUCACUGUCUACACAAAGUACUGUUUAUGGAGAAUGUAGAACAAUAUCAUAACAAAGACAACUGGCCACCAGAUGUUGAUAGAACUUUGUUUAUGAGGUUGGCAGCAGAAGUGCCUGUAUUAGAAGAUACAUUGAUGAGAGUAUUAGUUAUAGGACUAUCUCCAGACCUUCCUCUUGGACCUGCAGAUGCUGUGGACCUGGCAGACCAAUUGAUUAAAAGGGCUGCAUAUCUAAGUUUAGAUGGUCAAGUAGUUUUACAGAUGGAAAGACUGGAGUUAAUUGAUGCCUUACUGAAUCUGUGUUCAUAUAGGCACCCAGUAGAUAUAUCAUUACCUAAGGGAUACAAACCACCAACAUUAGCUAUAUCUAACCUAUACUGGAAAUCCUGGGUUAUUUUACUGGUUCUGUCUGCCUUCAAUCCACGCACAUUUGGUCUGACAUCGUGGGAAAAUUAUCCAACACUCAAGUGUAUGAUGGAAAUGGUUAUGACAAAAAAUUAUGUUUUUCCACCGCCAACCUCAGUAGUGGAGGAUAAAACAGUCAAUGAUAUCAUAGAUCAAGAAAGACAGAUUGGAGAACAAGAAAAGCAACAGAUAUUAGAAUUUGAAAGCCAUUUAGCUGCUGCAAGUAAAGUGACCAUUACAGAGGCUAACAGUCUGUUGAUAGCACAGCUGACCUCCAUGGACCCUAAUGGAACAGCCAGGAAACCCCCAACUUCAGUUUUAGAACAGAUUAAGACCAUCAACGAUACCUUGCACAUUGGUCAGAGAUUGUGUAGAAGCAGACAGCCUGACUUUUUGUUAGAUAUCAUUCAGAGACAGGGUACAUCUAAGUCUAUGCCAUGGUUGGCAGAGUUAGUUGAUGGGAAUGAAGGUUCACUACAAGUUUUACCCGUACAGUGUUUGUGUGAGUUUCUCUUACAAGAUUCAGAAUCGUCCAUGUUUGAUCCAGAUGAAGAGUCAUCGCAUGUCGAAAAACAUAAAAGAAGACAGAAAAUGAAGAAAAAGGAGCAGUUAUUAAAACAUCUACAAAACUUGGUACACGGAGAUUCUGACCAGGAAGAAACAGCAGGACAAGUUCUAGACUACUUCCUGAAGAGGUUGUCGUCACAGCAACCAUCCAAUAGAUUACUGGCUAUAAAGGGACUAUGGAUGGUGUUGUCACAGAAACCAAUGGAGGAAAUGAUAGAUAUAGAUUAUACCAACCAAUCAAAACACAGCUGGCUCCUUACAGACCUACCCCAAAUUCCAGUCUUCACCCAAGUCAAAGAACAAAUAUGUGUUGCCAUUAGACAAGCUUGUCAGAUAGAGACGGAUCCAUCUCUGAUUAGUUCUUACAUUAUAUUCCUGUCUACACAGUCCCAGGAUCAGACUCUCCAUCAGUUAGAUGAUGUUGUCGUGGAUAUGGCACAGCUUAUAGUGGAGAGAAAUACAAUCAUCAAUCAUAUCUUACCAGAGGAAGGGAGAGAAAACUCUGCCGAGACACAUCAAACACUCAAAUCUCUGAUCAGUCUGUAUAACAAUUAUCUUAAGAAAGCUAAAGAACCACAGAAAGAAGGAUAUUCAUGGUCAAACACCCAGGACCAGAUUUUACUCCAAUGGAAGGAAGGAGAUUCAGCAACCAUGCAUAUAUUAGUUGUCCAUGCUAUGAUUAUACUGUUAACCUAUGGACCUCCUAACUGUGAAAGUCAGUAUAAAGAGUUACUGGAUACAUGGUUCCCAGAAGGUGGUAGUCCUCCAUCAGCCUUCCUGCUGGAUACAUCAGAAGAAGCUUUACUGUUACCUGAUUGGUUAAAACUUAGAAUGAUCAGGUCACAUGUUCUGCAGCUAGUUGAUGUUGCCCUACAAGACAUAGAACCAGGCCAACUUUUAUUAUUUAUCCAGUCCUUUGGUAUACCAGUUGAGAGUAUGACUUCAUUACUGGCCUGUCUAGACAAAGCAGUGACCCUUGACCCAGGACUACUGGAGGAAUCUGUAGAAGAUAAACAAUACAUGGCCCAAUUGAUAGAGAUACAGCACAUGAGAGGGGCCAAAGGAGGAGAACUUUUUUACAAGUUACUAAGGCAAGGGGACCUAGCCACUAAUCUUGCCUCUAAAGAUGUAGAAAUGAAAGAUAAAUCAGUAAAACAAAGUGGUUGGUGGCAGAAAUCACAUCUACAUAAAACUACAGCAGCUUGGGAUAAAGAACAAAUUCAAACUCUAUUGUUUAAGGUUUACUGUUCAAGUGGGAAAAGUUCUCCAGAUGACCAUAGAAACUACCAAACACUCCUGACAACUAUAUCCAGGGCAUCUAAUAUAACAAUAGUACAAAAUAUUGUUUCUGGAAUUCUGGAGCUGACAAUUGGACCAGAAAGAGAGAAGUUUAUAAAGGGAAUUUUGACCAAUCCAAAAUCCUGUCCUUUGUUCAAGAUUCUGAUUUCACACAAUACAAUUCUAGGACAGAAUCUCAACAUCUUGAUGAACAAUUUAUACGAGGCUUCAAAAACUCUAAAAAGUUCAGUGCUGACACCUAUCUUGGUUAAAUACCAGGAUGCAAAACUUUCAUGUGAUCAAGAUCAACCACAGCAGACAACACUUGGUACUGUUGACAGUAUUCUGCAAGAUAUCAGUACAAAAGCAGAGGAGGGUAAACAAACAGUAGAAAGUCUUGUCAAGAAAUGUAUGAGAGAUUUGAUUAAGUCAGGUGAUAAUACAAAGGCAUCAGAAGUGGCGUGUACAUCAAUACUACAUAGAGAAAAUACUCAUCUAACUAAAGGAAUGUCAACCCUACUUGUUGAUUGGUUAGAACUUUUAGAUCCAGAAAUUGUACAAUUAGUUCCAGAGUUACAACAACAGUUACUGUUUGCUCAACAGCAGACAACAUCAGAGAUUACCUCCCCUUCUGGUCAGUCACGAGUUACUUCCCCUGACAGUCGGUCAUUCCUAUUAGCAUUGCUGACUCAUCAAACUAGUUGGUCAUCAUUACACCAAUGUAUCCAUACUGUCCUGAAACCAGAUCUUAUAAAUAGCUAUAAUCCAACAGCAGUGUUAGAUUUCCUUUGGGCAUGCUUACAAAUACCAAAGAUCUGGAGGGGUAGAGAACAGAAGUUACCCAAGAAUCAUACACUAGAAGAUGUUUUAGCAUUAAUGCCACAACAUGUUAUAUCUGUGGUAGAGUUCAUAGUUCAGGAAGUUGGGAUGGUAACAGACAAGUCAGUAGAUGGCAGCACUACAGAAGAAAGAAUUAGACACAGAAGUAAAUUACUAAUGUCCUGUAUUGGAGAAAAUGACAUGUCUAUGAAAUGUGUUAUAAAGCAUGUUGUUACAGCUAUUCAUGAUAACAGGUACAAGAACAUUUAUGAACAUGUUCUAAUGGAGUUGUAUUCCCAGUGUCCUAAAGUUUUGUUCCUGAUGGCAGAUUCAGCUGUUUGUCUGACUGAUAUUAAAACAUCACAUACAUUUGUUACUCAGGUGGACUUGGUUUCACACAGACUUCUAACUGGUCUUGGUGAAGGUGGUCAUGGUAGGAGGGCUGAGGAAAGAAUGUCUGAUGCCACAUUGGCAUUGAAGAAAUUAGCGGCUCAACAUCCUGUGCUGUUACUUAGACAACUGCCUUUGAUAGCUGCCUUACUGAAAGGUAAAACAGAGUUCAAAUUUGGAGAAAUGAGACAUAAGAAUUAUGUGACUCUGUUUACACAUGUGCAAGCCUUGUUAGAAAACCUACAGCCACAUGUGUUCAGUAAAGAUUUGACAGCUCUGGAGGACAUUAUUGGGUCAUAUUUCUCUUUAAUCGAGAACCAUGGUGACCAGAAAGUAUUGAUGCCAAUAAUUGCCAAGUUUAUUAGAUUUCUGAACAAGUUCGUAACCAGUCAACCUCAAAAGUCUGUUGUUAUGUUACAGAAACAUGUCAAAUUAUUGAGUGAUGUAUCAGCUCUGUACCCAGAUAUGGCAGGCCUUAAGUCAUUAUUGGCAGGACUGUGUCUGCCUACACAAGACAAGGGAGGUGACUCUCCUGUGCUGUCUGUAUCUCCAGUACCUGUCUUACCACAGAGACCUUCAUCACCCUACACUGCCAGUCAACUGGCUCCAUUUGUCAAAAAAUUCAAGGGAACCAGUCAAGAUGUUUUAGAAGUACUAAAGGAAUUAGAUGAAUUCUCUAAGAGAAAAGUUGAUAUCUUAGAAAACUUUAUGGUUUAUUUAAAAGUAAAAGUAUAUGACUGCAAUGAUCAAAUAAGGAAUACAGCAUUUAAUUUAAUUAUGAGACAUGUUAGACAAAAUCCAAGUUCUGCCAUCCAGUAUGUUGGUCUUUAUUUACAAUGUUUAAACAGCAAUAAUCCUGAUGUUGUCACUAGUGCUUUGAAAAUACUGGCAGAGUUUUGUGUUCUUUGUCAAGAUCAAUCUAAUUUAAUUCUACAAAAAGCUUUUAUGGUAGGCACAACGACUUCUUUAGAUACAGGUUCAUACAUCACAGAGACAUUACAAUUACUUAAUCUUGACCCGAUGAGUAACUGAGUACCAUGCAUCUUAUUGACCUUUCAGUUAAUCAACCAGAACUUAAGAUUAGCAACUUUCAUGCUGUGAAGGGAGUCACUCAACCUGUCCUAUUAUAUAAGCUUUGUGAUAAGUCCCAGAAUAUGAUGUGCCUGAAAUUGUUAAUAUUAAAAAAUGAUAUAAAUUUUUAUGGAAAUCUGUUGAACUGUUACUGAAUGACAAUAAUGACAAGUUGAAUUAAUUCACUGCCAUGUAGUGAUCAACUGUUAAUGAAUGUUUUGGCUUCAUUGUACAACAAAGGAAUGUUGUGAUUCUAGAUAAAAAAAUCAUGUGGUAUACAACUUGAGUGAAAUAUGCCCAUUUUUCAACAAAAUAAUAAAAUAUGGUUAUCUUGUUAAUCUAUCUAGCUGGAUAUCCUCAAACGUUUUUAUACUUUCUGAAAGUGCUUUUAGAAAAUGUUAUGGGUCAUAUAAAGGCCAAACAAUUAAUGGAAUCAGUAAAAAUCAAUGUUUGGUUUCUUUAUCUAUCAUUUUAAAUAGUAUAUAAAAAGCCACUUUGCAAAUCCAUCUUGAGUGAGCUUAAAAACCUCAAAUUUAUGAGUGUAAUUGGAUGUAAUGCUACAACAUGUAUCAGCAUGUCAAAAAUCAAAAUUUGUAGAACAUUUUAUUUAUGGUGGCUUGACCUGAAACAACUUCAAUUUCACCUAUAAUGUGUUUGCAAUGGACAUGUGUCAUUCACAUACAAAAGACUACAUGUAAUAUGGAAAAAAAAACAUUAAAACCCGUUCAACGAUAAUGUUGCAGCUUGUUUUAAGUGCUAUUAUUUGUAUAAUUAUAAUGCAAGAUAUUCAUUUGUUAUAGCUUUUAAAGCAAAUAAAACAUGUAAAGUGUG